UUGCAUCAGACGGAGGAGGAGGCGGGGCUCGGGCUCAUGUGGCAGCGUGCGGCUCUGCUAAAGCUGACGGGGCUCGAGUUCAUUCAAAGGGAUGGCUACGCUUUAUGUUUCAACUCACCCUGAAGACUUCCGCAGUCUUCUCGCCCUCAUAGCUGCAGAGUUCUGUCCAUCUGCCAAACCUCGCGUUGUCACAGAGGACCCGCCUGCCUCUGUAAAUGCCCACUCUAGACCAGCCCUGGUCCUGAGUCCGGCUGAGGGCUCCACGGUUCUGAAUGGGUCCAACGCGGUAGCCUGGUACUUGGCUUCUCAGAGCAAAUGUGUCGGUGGAGACGGGAAACAGCAGAGCCUGGUGUGGCAGUGGCUCAGCUUUGCAGACAAUGAGCUGACUCCUGUUGCUUGUGCAGUGGUCUUCCCUCUCCUCGGUGUUAUGGGGAUGGAUAAGAAGCUGCAGCAGAGUUCCCGUGCAGAGUUGUUGCGUGUUCUGAAAAUGCUGAACCAAGCUCUGGAGCCUAAAACCUAUUUGGUGGGAGAGGGCAUCACUUUGGCUGAUAUGGCAGUGGCCUGUGCUGUUCUUCUACCAUUUAAAUAUGUGCUGGAGCCGCAAGAUCGUAAAGUUUUGACCAAUGUGACGAGGUGGUUCACGACCUGCAUAAACCAGCCUCAGUUUGUGAAGGUUUUGGGAAAGAUCACUCUGUGUGAGAAGAUGGUUCCUGUCACACUCAAGACAAGCACUGCAGUCAAUGCAAAUGCGGCUAAUGCUCAUCCUGCUGGAGACACUGCUGGAGAUGCAACCAAUGGACCACCAAAGACAGAGGCUCAGCUGAAGAAGGAGGCUAAAAAACUUGAAAAAUUGGCAAAGUUCCAACAGAAAAAAGAAAUGGAGGCCAAGAAGAAGACCCAGCCCGCGUCAGAGAAAAAGGCCAAACCUGAGAAGAAAGAAAUAGGGGUGAUCACUUACACUGUCCCUACUCAGCCUGGAGAGAAAAAAGAUGUCGUCAGCGCACUGCCAGACUCUUACAGCCCGCAGUACGUGGAAGCCGCCUGGUAUCCGUGGUGGGAGAAGCAGGGAUUCUUCAAACCAGAAUAUGGGAGGAAGGAUAUUUCUGAGCCAAACCCUCGUGGUAUAUUCAUGAUGUGUAUCCCUCCGCCAAAUGUGACCGGAUCUCUUCACCUGGGCCACGCUCUGACAAACGCCAUCCAGGACUGUCUCACCAGAUGGCACAGAAUGAAAGGCGAGACGACCCUGUGGAACCCGGGCUGUGAUCACGCCGGCAUCGCGACGCAGGUGGUGGUGGAGAAGAAGCUCAUGAGGGAGAGAGGGAUGAGCCGCCACGACCUGGGCAGGGAAAACUUCAUCCAGGAAGUCUGGAAGUGGAAGAACGAGAAGGGAGACCGGAUCUACCACCAGCUGAAGAAACUGGGGUCUUCGUUGGAUUGGGACAGAGCCUGCUUCACAAUGGACCCUAAACUGUCCUAUGCUGUCCAAGAGGCAUUUAUCCGCAUGCAUGAAGAGGGAGUGAUCUACAGGAGCAAGAGGCUGGUCAACUGGUCCUGUACGCUCAACUCUGCCAUCUCAGACAUUGAGGUGGAUAAGAAGGAGCUGACUGGCAGAACGCUGCUGCCUGUGCCCGGGUACAAGGAGAAGGUGGAGUUUGGAGUUCUCGUGUCUUUCGCCUACAAAAUUGAGGGAUCAGACGAGGAGGUGAUUGUUGCCACUACUCGUAUUGAGACCAUGCUUGGAGAUACCGCUGUGGCUGUGCACCCGGAUGACCCCAGGUACCAGCACCUGAAAGGCAAAGUCGUCCUCCAUCCAUUCUGCGACCGCAAGAUGCCAAUCGUGUUUGACGACUUUGUAGACAUGAACUUCGGAACAGGUGCUGUCAAAAUCACUCCAGCUCACGACCAUAACGACUACGAGGUUGGAGUGAGGCACAAUCUGGCCUUCAUCAACAUUUUGGAUGAGAACGGGCUCCUUAUCAACGUGCCCCCUCCCUUCCUGGGGAUGAAACGCUUUGAAGCCAGGAAGACUGUCCUCGAGGCUUUGAAGGACAGGGGUCAAUUUAAGGAAAUCAAAGACAACCCUAUGGUGGUCCCAGUCUGCAGUCGAUCCAAAGACAUCGUGGAGCCUCUUCUGAAGCCGCAGUGGUACGUGAACUGUGCAGACAUGGGGAAACAGGCUGCAGACGUUGUGAGAGAAGGACAGCUCAAAAUCAUCCCCGAUCACCACAUCAAGACCUGGUUCAGCUGGAUGGACAAUAUCAGAGACUGGUGCAUCUCUCGACAGCUGUGGUGGGGUCACAGAAUCCCUGCUUACUUUGUGACUGUCAGCGACCCUUCUGUAAAACCAGGAGAGGACAUGGACGGUCAUUACUGGGUGAGUGGGAGAACUGAAGAAGAGGCCAGGGAGAAGGCUGCUAAACGCUUCAACGUGACAGCUGACAAAAUCACACUUAGACAAGAUGAGGAUGUCCUGGACACUUGGUUCUCCUCUGGUAUUUUUCCUUUCUCGAUCUUCGGAUGGCCUAACGAGACAAAGGACCUGAAUGUGUUCUAUCCCGGGACGCUGCUGGAGACGGGACACGACAUCUUGUUUUUCUGGGUCGCUCGGAUGGUGAUGAUGGGCCUGAAACUCACUGGCAAACUCCCCUUCAAAGAGGUUUACUUGCACGCCGUGGUGAGAGAUGCACAUGGGCGGAAAAUGAGCAAGUCCCUGGGCAACGUUAUCGACCCCCUGGAUGUGAUUACGGGGAUUUCUCUGGAGGGUCUGCAUGCCCAGCUGACGGACAGUAACCUGGACCCAGUGGAGGUGGAGAAGGCGAAACAGGGCCAGAAGUCCGACUACCCAAGUGGGAUCCCCGAGUGUGGAACAGAUGCUCUACGCUUCGCCCUGUGCGCUUAUACCAGUCAAGGCAGAGAUAUCAACCUGGAUGUGAACCGUAUCCUUGGUUACCGCCACUUCUGCAACAAACUGUGGAACGCUGUUAAGUUUGCCAUGAAAACACUCGGAGACAACUUUGUACCUUCGGAAAAAGCCCAGUUGUGUGGACAGGAGAGCGUGUCAGACCGGUGGAUUUUGUCCAGACUCAGCGCUGCAGUCGUUCUUUGUGACGAGGGAUUCAGAGCGUACGACUUUCCGGCCAUCACCACGGCGAUCUACAACUUCUGGCUGUACGAGCUGUGUGACGUCUACCUGGAAAGUGUGAAACCGGUGUUCAGUAAAGGCGAGGAGGACGGCAGCGGUGCAAUGUGGGUCUGCAGACAAACCCUGUACACGUGCUUGGAGGUGGCUCUGCGGCUCCUCUCUCCCGUCAUGCCCUUUGUCACCGAGGAGCUGUACCAGAGGUUACCACGACGACGACCUCAGCACGACCCCCCCAGCAUCUGUGUCACGGCAUAUCCCGACUCCCAGGAGUUCUGCUGGCACAGUGAAGAAAUCGACCGUGAGAUGGAGUUUGUUAUGACUGUGGUCAAAACAAUCCGUUCUCUGAGAGCAGAUUACAACCUGACGAAGACCAGAGCUGACUGCUAUCUGCAGUGCAUUGAUUCUGCCACAGCGUCUCUGGUGGGCAAAUACAGUCUUCAGAUCCAAACCCUGUCGUACUCUCAGGCCGUCGUCGCAGUCACAGAUCAGCCCGUCCCCGAAGGCUGCGCCGUGGCCAUCGCAUCAGACAGGUGUACGGUGAACCUCAUGCUCAAGGGCCUUAUCGACGUGGAGAAGGAAGUGGCUAAGCUGAUGACAAAGAAGGGAGACUUGGAAAAACAGAUGGAAAAACUCAAAGAGAAGAUGUCGAAGAGCGACUACAAAGAGAAGGUGCCGGUGAAGGUGCAGGACCAAGACGCCGAGAAGCUUCGGCAGAGUCAAACUGAACUGGAGAAAGUUAACGAGGCUAUUGGCAACUUCAAGAAAAUGAUGUAACACGCUAUUUAUGUCGCCUAGAAUUAAGUCUGAUAACGCCUCGGUUUUACACUACACUUGAGACUUUGCACCUGCCUUAUUUUAAUGUUACAAGCGUUUAUAUUGCAAUUUACGAGCUUGGUAAACCUCUCGAAACUCUACGUUGCUUUGGAUUUAUUCAUUCUUUCCAUAUUUGGUGGUGGUAGGUGUCACUUUCUCACAUUCACAUUCAAACAUGGGCAAGUUUGGUGAAAAGUCUUGCCCAACGACAUAAAAACGGCAUGAAUUUGAACCACAAAGCCAUUGUAAUACUUCUUUAUAACCGGUACCGUAUUUUCCAUACUACAGGGCGCUCUGGAUUAUAAGGCGCACUGUCAUUGAACGGUCUAUUUUCAAACUUUUUUCACAUAUAAACCGCACCGGACUAUAAGGCGCAUUAAACGAAACACAACAGUUAGAUAAGUCAGUCAAACUUUAUUUAACGCGUUCACAAUAACUCAACUUUGUUCAAUUGUAAUGUGUAAAAAAAAUACUGUGUGAGAGCGUUAAAGUGUUGGCGUAUUCACAAUAACUCAUAAUUGCUAAGUUAUAACUAAAAAUCACACAUUACACUCACUUUUUCAGUUCAUUCCUCAUCCACAAAUUCUUCAUCUUCAGUGUCCGAGUUAAACAGUUGGGUAAUUACAGCGUCCAGCACGCCCACAUCCCUCUCGCCAUUAUCCGAGUCAGUGUGGUUACUGUUCCCUGGCAGUUCAGUAAUGAUUCUGGUCUUGGUGAAAGCUCGGACCAGAGUUGAUACUGAUCCUUAGUCCAGGCGUCCAUGAUCCAUUGGCAGUAAGUCGCUCGGUGCUGUCUCCCUGUCUUGGUGAAUGUGUGUUCGCCUUCUCUCAUCCACUGCUCCCACGCAGCUCGCACUUUAACUUUGAACGACUUGUUGACACCAACAUCUAGUUCUUUAGUUAAUCCACCUGGAAUGAUGGAAGCACUGAAUUAGUUUGCUUCCUCCACUUCCGUACUAUUGAUUCAUUAAUGUUGAAUUCUCUCGCAGCUGCUCUAUUCCCAUGUUUUACUGCGUGCCUUACAGCCUUGAGUUUAAAGUGGGCGUUGUAAGCGUGUCUCUUGACAGGUGCAUUUUGAUAUUAAAAGGAAUCACAGUAUGUAUAACUCCGCGAUGCUCCUGACUACAGUAGCGGUAAUGCUGCAAGUGGUGCGGCUUUGUAGUUUACUGAAGUCGUACUAAGACAGCCCAAUAAAUUCAUAUAUAAGGCGCUCUGGAUUAUAAGGUGCACAGUCAUUUUUUUAUGAACUUAAAGGCUUUUAAGUGCGCCCUAUAGUGCGGAAAAUACGGUAAUAAUACGUAAGCCCAACCCUAAGUACAGAACUAAUCAGGUUAAUUGUUGAGAAUCAAUUACUUAAAUGCAUUAUGUAAUCAAUCCGUUUGUUAUCUGAUCUAAAAACAAACUUAAAAAAGAGCCGUCUGCUUCGAGAAGAGGAUUUAUCACCAACCCACACAGGACACUGUCAACGUCAAAACACAGCAAGAAUAUAUUUGUUUUUUUAAUAAAUAGUGAAAGAAACUGUUAAGAAGUCUUCAGGUUUUGUAGUAUUUUGUGAUCUGUUGAUUCAUUCAGUGUUUUCAUUAUUAAUUAGACAAGUACCACAUAUCAAGUGUAGUGCAAAACAGAGAAAAUAAUGUCUUUUUAUGUCAUUGUAUUCAUGUUCAUAUUAAUUUUUAAGUAAUUGUAUGAGCAACGAACCGAAUAAAGUACUGAUAGUUGUAA